ACUGGAGAACAACAACUGUGAGUUGCUGGUUUAUUCUCCAGCAUUUUCCUUAAAGCCUGUCUGGACAUUCAGAAGUUUAUAUCAGUUAAUACAAUGAAAUGGUAUAAGUAAAGAAUUCCUUCGUCUCUUUAAGGAAACAGAUUUCUGCUGAGAAGAGUUUGAGAAGAUGGAGAUGAUGGUGUUUUUGACGGCUCUUCUGCCUGUUUUAUUGGGCUGUGAUUGUGGUCUUGAUGUAGACAAACCGGUCGACUGCUCUGACGUAUAUAAAGCAGGAGAAACAGUCAGUGGGGUUUACUCCAUCUAUCCAGCAGGAGACAUUCCUGUCUGGGUUUACUGUCAGAUGAUCUCAGACGGGAAAGAUGAAGAUAAAGGAGGAUGGACGGUGAUUCAGAGGAGAAUGGACGGCAGUGUGAAUUUCUAUCGGCCGUGGAAUCAGUACAAGAGAGGAUUUGGGAAUGUGGAGGGAGAAUACUGGCUGGGGCUGGAGAACAUGUACCAGCUGACACGUAAGAGGAAGUACAUGCUGAGAGUGGAUCUGGAGGACUUUGAAGGAAGGAAAGGUUUCGCUCUGUACUCGUCCUUCUCUGUGGGUUGUGAAUGUGCUGGAUAUCAGCUGCAUGUUUCAGGAUUCACUGAUGGAGGAGCAGGCGACUCUUUAUCUGGCCAUAAUGGAUACAAGUUCUCCACCUUCGACAAAGACCAAGACUCCUAUGAAAAGAACUGUGCCAAACUGUAUCUCGGGGCAUUUUGGUACUUAGCCUGUCACAAUACAAACCCCAACGGUGUGUAUUUAUGGGGCGAAGAUCCCACCCAUCAUGCCAUUGGUGUUGUUUGGGCAACAUGGAAGAAUUACGCAGUCAGUAUGAAAUCCAUCAGCAUGAAGAUCAAACGUGUGUCAUAGAAAUAUUACAGUGCUUCUGAAAGAAAAACAUUUUUACCUCAUUUUAUGACAUCUUAAGGUUUUUAUUCCUUUUUUUCUGCGUAAAAGAAUCAUGUUGAAAUCUGUCUUUGAAAUGUAUGGUAAAUCCGAAAUUAUAUUUUCGUGAGUUGAGCAGAACCGAAGAUGAUCACAUUAAAG